AUGAGGUCAUUACAAGAACUAUCUUAUCAUAAAAACGUUAUAUCUUUCCUUGGUGUAUCUAUUGAUCAUGAAAAUGAAAGAUAUUUUCUUGUUCUUGAGUAUUGCGAAAAUGGAAAUUUGAGAGAAUACCUAAGGAAAUAUGAAUAUCAAUUAAAUUGGCCUAAAAAGAUAACGAUGUCUGAAGCUACAUCUUCUAGCGUAUGCGGCAUGCUCCCCUACAUAGAUCCACAAGUUCUUAAUUCUCGUUAUCGACCAAAAAUGGAGUCGGAUAUUUAUUCUUUUGGAAUGUUAAUAUGGGAAAUAUCGACUUGUCGUGUCCCUCCUUUUGUGACUAUUGAUAAACUUUAUAAAAUGCUCACUAGUGACACCCCUCCAAUUAUAUCGGAAAUAAUUAUAAGAUGUUUAGAGUGUUUACCAGAAAAUAGGCCAAAAAUACAAGAAUUAGUAGAAAUUUUUGAUAAUUUGUAUAAUGCAAAUAAUAUAAGUUCGCCCAGUUCUCCUCGCCCUAUCCUUAUUUACACUCCAGUUAUAGAUUCACCAAUAAGUUCUCCUGGUUCUAAUUCUUUAUAUCGUACCGCUCCCGACAAUGAUAGUAAUACAAAUACAUCUGAAUUAUCAGAUUCUCCAUUUACGAAUAAUCUCAAUAAUCUUUUAAACCGUGAAUCUUAUAUUGUUCAUCCACCACCAUUACCACCAAAACCUCCUAAAAUAAAUACCGAUUUAUAUCCCCCACCGCCACCAAUACCGCCAAAACCUAAUAGAAAUACAUUAUACGGAUUCCAAACACCAUCACGGCAGGAACUACGAGCACCAUCACUACAAGAGUUACGGACACUAUCGCAGCAUGAAUUUCAACAAUCACCGCAGCAAGAACUGCUGAGAUCACCACAACAAGCACUAUGUAUACGAGCACCAACACUGCAAGAUCUACGGACACUACCACAACAAGAACCAUCAUCAAUACCACAGCAAGAACCAUCACCAAUACCACAGCAAGAAUCGCCGAGAUCACCGCAGCGAGAACUGCUGAGAUCGCCACGGCAAGAACCGACGAGACCACCACAGCCACCACAGCAAGAAAUAGUGACACCACCACGGUCACCACUACCAAGGCACGGAUAUGAUGCUUAUUAUUCAACAAAUAUGGCAAAUAUGGAAAAUAUAUUUUGUGAGGGCGAGGAUAAACUUACUAUUAAAGAGAUAGAAGGAACGCUCUUAGAAUUAAAAGCAAGAUAUGGCAAACCUGAUGUUGUUAAGGAAUCAUUCCAACGUUCACUUGAAUAUGAAGAUAAUAUUUCACAUUUUUUACAUUUAAUUAUCAGUAAUGAUAAUUUUCAAGGAAAAAAAGAAUUUAAGAGCAUAAUUAGUUGGUUAUUCGAUUUUGGAUUUCUUGGAAAGAUGAUUAAUGAGUUGGCACCUUUAGAACCAUUGUCAUCUUUAGAACCAUUGUCACCGAAGGUUUCACCAUUAUUCGCUUUAUCCUGCGUUCGAAAUUCGAUUAAUCAAAAUCAUGUCCAAUAUUUAUUACAAAAUGAAGCCGAUCCAACUUUAUUAUCGAAACCUUACGAACUAUCAGUUUUAAAUUUAGUAUUGCUUCGAAUGAUUAAUGAACAAGAGGAUCAUAGUUCUAUAAUUGAAGAAUUGCUUGAUCACGACGCAGAUGCAAAUGUACCUCUAGAUAUAAAUAAUCUUCAAUAUGAUCGAUAUUUUAUUAAGAGUAAACAGCACAAAACUUCCUUAUGCCCAAAAGUUCCUAAUUCUUUAUAUUUAUCAUUGUACCUUCCUGACAGAUAUAGGAAAAAGGUGAUAGGUUUAUUAAUUGAUAAAGUGGCGAUUACUCAAGUAGAUCAUGAAGGAAUAAAUGUUUUAGAGUACGCUGUUAAGGAAAAACUUUAUUCCGGAAUUAUAGAUUUAUUAAAAGAAGUAGAAGAAAAACUUCACAAAAGAGUCGCACGACAACUUGUUCAAAUAGAGCCAAGAGAAGACAUUUAUCAAAAUAUUAUAGGUUCUAUUUUAUAUGCAAUUAUGGAACAAACCGAAAUCCGACAAACGAUUAAAUUAAUUGAAUUAAUUACACUUUUAUUAAAGUUUGGAGCAAAUGCUAAUCUUCCAAUUAAAACAUCCAAACAUUGGGAUGAUUUACCAAAUAGUUUAUUUGCUUGCGUACAUAUGGAAAGGAUGGAACCCAAUAAUUUUGCAUACUUAAUUAAAAUUUUAAUUGAAAAUAAGGCAAAUUAUGAUAUGAAAUAUAGAGAUUUUAAUGUAUUACAUUAUUCAUUAAUAAUUCAUAAAUUUGAAGCAUUUAAAAAUAUCGUUAAAGCUAUACCAAAAAAUGAUGAAUGUUUAUCUCAAGGAAUUCAUUGGGUUCAAAAAAAAAAUUAUACAUUAACACCAUUAAAUAGAUUUUUAUUAGAAAUAACUCAAUGUAAUUUGGGAAUGACACCUUUAGCAAUUGAAACGGUUAAAUUAUUAUUAGAAAAAGGUGCCAACGCGGAUCUUUUCGUUAAAUCAGCCAAAGAUGAUCAUGAUAAAGAAAUUUUUCCCGAUUUUUCCAAUACACUUUUCUUGGCAAUUUAUUUACAAGAUAAAAUUGAUCGAGAUAUAAUUUUAUUAUUAAUUUAUUUAGGUAAAAUCAAUUUUACCACCAAAACGAUUACCACCAUUACGGCUUUUAAAAAUCUAAAUAUUUUACAAUACGCUAUAGCAUUACGUGAAAAUAUUGAACUUUUAAAAGUUUUAAUGGAAAAUGUGGUGGAAUUUAAUAAACAACCGUUAUUUAAGAGUGCGGAGAAAACAAGCAACACUAAAGUUAGAAAUUGGUUAAGAGAUCAUAAAAAAAAUUCGGAUAUAUUUAUUGUUGAGAAUCAAGAAAGAAUAACAAAAAAUAGACUUGGAAUUACA